CUUGUGGCUUUUGUGUGCGCUUGCCGUUACUCAUAAUAUAGCUAGCUGGCAGUCAGUUUGGAGCUACACCUGAUCGCAUGUGCACCCACUAACAACUCUGCCUCCGCCUCUGCUUCGCCUCUCGCACCUCUUUACCCUACUACACUCUACCCUUCUAACGUUCGUGCUCGUGCUUCGCUUCGCUCGUGUUCGUGUCCGUGCUCGUGCUUCGCUGUGUUGUUGUGCUUUGGCUUUGGCUUUGCCUCGUGAUACGCGUCUUGUCUGUGAAGUGUUUGCAAUUGAUAAUAGCAAAAAACCAAAAAGAAAAGAAAAAUAAUCAACAACUACCAAAAGCAGUAACAUAUUAUUAACCAAAAUGCCGCAGAGCCCGACAACAAAUUGGUCAUUCCAUCCGCUAUCCAGACAACGAAGCGGUCAAUUCCAGCACCAUGUGCUCAACUCGGUGCCGGAGACAGCUGUGCUCACAACGCCUCCUCCCCUGCGCAAACCGCUCUCAUUACACAUUGCUGGCGUUGCUGCUGCUAGCGCUGCUGCAGCAAUUAGUGACAAAAACAAACGGAGAUACAUAACAGCGCGCAAGAAGGCCAAAAGCACAAUGAAAAUGCUUGUCGUUGACACGGAGCGAGAGGAGGCUCUAAAUUUGCAAAUUGAAUUCGAGUGGGUGCUGAGACAAGAAGUACAUGCGAUAUUAAAGCAAUUACGAACCAUUCUGGUUGAGUGUGCUCACAGAUUCCCUGUGCCGCUUUAUGAUAACGAGGGCAAGAAGACUGAAAAGUUCAUACUCAGCGUUUCGCCAGAUCAGCUAAAAGCGGUGCUUACCCUAACAGGCGAUGCAAUUACGCAGGCGGACAUUAGCUUUAAGCUGUGCAAGGCGCCAAGUCAAACGCAACGUACCUCAAUCACCCACGACUCGCCUUGGAAAUUGCAGCAAGUUCAGGAUGCCGCCAAUCAUCUACAAACAGCAAUCAAUCACAUUGACGACGUUGAUGACUCUUAUCACUUCAAAACCUCGGAUGAAGUGCUCCAUGUGAUAGGAAACAUUCUGGAUGCCCUGCAGCGCGGUCGCAAUAGCCUGCUGGUGCCGAAGAAGAAGCCAAUUGAGGAGCUAAUCAAAGGUCGCAAUAUGAAAUCACUUGUGCCUAACCUGCCCGAGGAUUUGGCUGUUAGUUUUUAUCUGCAAAGCCACAAGCUCAUCAUUGCCGUCUAUCAGCUGUUGAACAAUCAGGGAACAAUGCAGUUCGAUUCACGUCAAGCGGAAAUCGGUGUACAAUGGCUCAACGAUGUGCUCCUGCUCCUGAUGAAUGGCCAGAAACUGUGUCAGCAACUGAAAGACAAGAUUUCGGUAUUUUCGGUGUAUAAAGAUUUUACAGUUGGUUCACGCUCACCAUCAGCAUUAUCGUACUGAAUGGCAUGGAUAUAUAUAUAUUCUAUAUAUAUGUACUUAUAUAUAUAUGUAGAGUAUGUGUCUGUUGAUAUGGCAACCACACAAAACAAUAACAACAAUAAUAGUUGAUAAUGAAAUUGUACUUGUAAUAGUUAAAGUAAAUAAUGUUAGUUGAGAGAGUUGCUCUUUGUGACAGACAGCAUACCAUAAUACCUACUAUAUUAAUAUAUAUACAUACUAUACAUAUACAUAUUUAUGUAUGUAUACAGAGCUAUAUACACCUAACUAGUUUAAUAUAAACACACAUACACAUACAAUCAAACAUUCAUAUUGUUCAUAGCGCGACAAUUUAUAAUUAUAGAAUUUGUUUUUCAUUUCGUCAUGUCACUCCAAUUAUGCAUCUAAAUGCAAUAGAAUAAAAUGAAAAUUACUGUGUUUUUUGUAUAUUGUAACUAAAUGAAAUUGCUAGAUAAUUAUUAAUUAUUAUUAAUUUAUAGUUUUGUGCGACUUUCACAUAUGCGAAAGUUGUACAUAUUAAUCUUAAACAUUACACAUAUUUAUGUUUAUAUAUUGCACAUGAAUGAAGAUGGAACCCAUGAAGUCAACUAGUACUUAACAAAAAAGCAGAUUGAUAUACAAAACAAACAUACAUACAUACAUACUUAUAUAUAUAUUAUUAAACCUAAUGAGUAAACUGAGCAUGAACAUUAACAUUUACAGAAUAAUGUUGUAAUAAACCAAACAGAAAUGUGAACAGAA